GGGGGGAGGGGAGGGGUCUCUCUCUCUCGCUUUUGCGCUUGUUGAUCUGGCAUGACGAUGACGGGUCUAGUGCGCGAUGUCUCGGAUGCUCAUCAAUGCAAGCACACAGGAAGGGGGGAGGGUCCCCUCGCACGUAUGUAUGUAUGUACGCAGCCUCGCGUGCCGGUUGAGACCCCCCCGGUUGAAUUUACGAGGAGCAAUACAUACUUUGUGCGUGCGUGCGUAAAUAUAUAUCUUUGGCUCGACUGCCCACCGCCGCCGCCCACCCCUUGUCUCGUUCUGGCGGCACGCCUUCAUCAUCGUCAUCUUCACCAUCAUCGUCGUCGUUGUUGACGUUAGGUGCGAAGGAGAGAGAGAGAGACACACACAACCCGGGCUCUUGUUAAGAAAAACAAGCCCCUCAGCCCCUUCAUCUCCGGUGCGCGCGCGCCGCCGCCGUGCCACUGCCUGGUACCAGUGAACCACCACCACCACCGCCGUCAUCAUCAUGCGCAGCUCGCUCGUGGUGCUCCUCGAGCUCCUCGCCGCGUCGUCGGCCCUCGCCGUGCCGCUCUCGGCGGGUGGCGACACCAACAUCGUGACGAGGAAGAGGGACGUCACGGCCCCGAAGCCCAACCACGCGCGCGCCAACGAGGUCAAGCAGGCCUUUGAGCAGUCCUGGAACGGCUACGUCGAGUACGCGUUUCCGCACGACACGCUGCACCCCGUGAGCAACAGCUACGAGGAUGACCGAGCCGCUUGGGGCGUGACGGUCGUGGAUGCGCUGUCGACGGCCAUCAUCAUGGAAAAGGAGCACUUUGUCGCCAAGAUGCUGGACCAUAUCGCCCAGACCAACUACACGACGACGGCCAAGGAAAACGAUGCGAUUUCGCUCUUUGAGACGAAUAUUCGGUACCUUGCGGGCCUGCUGUCUGGCUACGACCUGCUCAAUGGCCCCUUCAGCGAGCUCGUCGAAGACAAAGCCAAGGUGCAGAACCUCCUCGACCAGGCCAAGACCCUCGCCGACAGCCUCAGCGUCGCCUUCAACACGCCGAGCGGCGUCCCGCAGCCGACCGUGUACCUCAACCCCAGCCCGCGGCACGGCAACGCGUCGUCCAACAACAUCGCCGAGGUCGGCACGCUCAUCCUCGAGUGGACGCGCCUCAGCGACCUCUCGGGCGACCCCAAGUACGCGCGGCUCGCCGAGAAGGCCGAGUCGUACCUGCUGCACCCGACGGGCAGCCCCGAGGCGUUCCCCGGCAUGGUGGGCGCCGACGUGGCCAUCGCCAACGGCAGCUUCAUCAACAGCGACGGCGGCUGGUCCGGCGGCACCGACAGCUUCUACGAGUACCUCAUCAAGAUGUACCAGUACGACCCGGCCAAGUACGGCGAGUACAAGGACCGCUGGGUGCUCGCCGCCGACUCGACCAUCAAGUACCUGGCGUCGCACCCGACGACGCGCAAGGACCUGACGUACCUGUCGCAGUACUCGGGGAACAAGACGUUCCCCGUGUCGUCCCACCUGGCCAGCUUCGCGGGCGGCAACUUCAUCCUCGGCGGCGUGCUCCUUGGCGAGGACAAGUACAAGCAGUUCGGCCUCGACCUCGCCAAGUCCUACUUCAACAACUACCAGCAGGCGCCCGCGGGCAUCGGCCCCGAGGUGUUCGCCUGGGUCGACCCCGCGCUCCCCGCCAACGACACCAACAACCCACCGCCGCCCGACUCCCAAAAGGACUUUUACGCCAAGUCCGGCUUCUACACGACGGCCGGCUCCUACAUCUUGCGGCCCGAGACGAGCGAGAGCCUGUACUACGCCUACCGCCUCACCGGCGACCGCGAGUACCAGAACAUGGCCUGGGCGGCCUUCUCCGCCAUCAAGAAGGUCUGCAAGACGGGCGCCGCCUUCGCCCAGCUCAACGACGUCAUGAAGCCCGACGGCGGCGGCUACAUUGACCAGAUGCAGAGCUUCUGGUUGGCUGAGACGCUCAAGUAUCUGUACCUCAUCUUCGCCGACGAGUCGGACGUGCAGCUGCAGUUCCAGGGCGGCAAGAGCAAGUACGUCUUCAACACCGAAGCGCAUCCCUUCCGGGUCAAGGGCUAGGUAAUUAGUAGGUAGCAAGCAACGUUGUGGGAUGUGAAGCGCUGGUGGGAGUAUCAAUACAAGUAUCUUUCUGUCUCACUCUCUAUCCCCAUGUUUGGGGUUGUUUGUGUGCCUCGUGUCCAAC